AAACAUGAAGUGCAUUUUCCUAAAUACCGAGGAAGUGAGCUGUCACCACAGCUGCAGGGCUUGUCUAGAGAGCAUGAAUAGCUCCAGAAUCAGUUCCUGCUUAUGUGUUUAAUGAUCAAAUUGGACAUCAGGAGUCAUCGCAGGGUGAGACAAAGAGGACUCGGAAACAGCGAAGGGUGUGAAGAAGUAGCCAUGCUGGAGAUGGGUGUUUAUUUUCUGUGAAUAUACCGACACCCGGCUGUCGUGAAGAGGAAAACGGAGCUCCCCUCUGUCCACAGGAGCCGCAGGUACUGAAACAUUCAUGUCGAGCAGAGAGCAGACAGCACAAGAUGUAACCCUCUGCCAUUUACUUUUGAUUUAUGCGACAGGAGCAGACAAACACGAAGCUCUCUCUACACCUGCUAACAACAUCUCUGCUCUUUCUUUUUGUAUCCUCCUUUUUGCUUUACCUCGACAGCAGCAGAUUUUUGCCUUUUGAAGCACUUAUAAGUAUUUAAUUGCAGGGUGUUUACACAUUUAUGUUGUUUAAUAACAUUUUUUCUCUUUAAUACAGACUCAUCCCACCGCCCAGCCCUGCUGCUGAUGGCAGAGGUAUGUACUGUGGUUUACAACAGUGUGUGAAUUGAAGUAGUUAACUCAAAGUGUCGUCAGUAGAAAGGCUGAAGAUAUUGUUUUUUAAUUUUAUGUUAGCGUUUUUAAAGACUACUCCCUGAAAAAAGGAGGUAUAACUCAAAUGAAUCAAUACAAUCAGAUUAAUAAAUUGGAUGUAAAUGUCAUUUUAAGGUUCAGGGGCGGUGCGCGGGGCUGUCGCGUGCCCCUACCCAUCUCUUAUUGCUGCAUUAUUGUAAACAUUGUGAUGGUUCAUAUUGAGGUGUACUGUAUCUGUCUAUGAUUAUAUCUACUGUAUAAAUGAGUGUUGAAUAUGUUAUAGGCUGAUUGACAUAACUGCACUAUCAUCAUUUUUUAUUACUAUUAUUAUUUGUACAGUUAUCGUAGCCCUUUAAUGUCUGACGCCACAAAUUAUGGCCAGAAAAUUCAAUUUUUUUGGAGCUGAAAUGUUUAUUUCACUUACUACUGAAAACCAAAAAAUCAAAAUGUCCUUAAAAUUUAACAAAUAUAUUUAUUUAUCCUGUUUGAUACAUUAGAUGUUUUUGGAAACUGAUAAACUACAAGAGGGAAUUUUUAUCAUUUAUCGGACUGUAUUCAGGUGUUUUUUUUAGUAUUUUGUUUCACUCUAUGCUAGCACCACACUGUCAAGACAUGUUAUCAUUCUUAUCAGUGAUGGUAUGGAUCGAUACAAUGCCUGGCAUAGUCACUGAUAGGGCAUGUUAGGUUGUAGCAUAAGACCCGUAAUAGUAUUGGAACAAAUAUAAUAAUAACAACCACCUACAUUAGAACAAGAUACAUUUUUAUUUGUCUUUAUUAAUCGUUUAUGAAGUCUAACGUACUUAUUUCACUCACAGUUUUUUUUAAAAGUGUUCUUUCCUCUCUUGUUCUUCCGGUGCUUCUGUUGCAGAUGAGCUGGGCUGCAGGUACUCAGUGUGUGGCCAAAGGUGACCACAGGAAACCAAAACCUGACGAGCUAGCGUACCACAAAGGAGACAUCCUCACUAUUAUUGAGACCAGCACGGUACUGUGAUGUUGAUAAUGAUAACUUUGUUUCAUUUUGAUCAAAUAAGUGAAGUGCUAAACAAAUACGGUAACAUUUAAUACAAUGAAAAAAUGAAUAAAAUAGGAUCCAAAACAAAUCAAAUCCAAUAAUUCAGUAAAUGAGUUAAAAGAGACAAACACAACACAGCUAAUGGUCAAGAAAAGGCCAGGCUUUUUAGGAACCACGAUCAGGGCCCUGCUAGAAGACCUCAGGCUGCAGUCAGGGAUAUGGGGAGUUAGUAGCUUGCAGACAUACUGUUGGCAGGAAGGUUCAAGUCUUUAAAAACAAGCAGUAAAAUCUUUUCUCACAGGUAGACAGCGGCCGGAAAGACUGGUGUUAUAUGACUGCGUCUUUUGCUAUGUGUUAAAAGCCUGUUAGCAGUAUUUCAAUGCAUGAAUUACUCAGUCACUUGGGUGUCAAAGGACAGAUUGCAGUCAAAAAUCACUCUUUAUAAACAUUAUUACUUAGGACACUCAGGCUAGAGGACAGAUCAUAAAUAUAUCUGGAACUUGGGUUAGAGGAAAUAAUGAUAACAAAUUGAGAUUUGGAGUCUUUCAGCAGCAGAAAAAAUGUCGAUGUUGGAUCGUUGUCAUGUGUAUAGGGAGCUUUAGGCCAUGUUUAAUUAAAGUGUUUACUGUAUUUUUCCACUAUAAGUUACUCAUCUCCUAAUCCUCUCUUCCAGAAGAAGGGAUGCUACAAGGCCAAACACAACUCUACGGGAGAGGAGGGACUCAUCAACUCCACCAAUGUUCGUGAAAGAGAGGCUCUGCGUGUGGACCCCAGCCUCAGCCUCAUGCCGUAUGUCUAUUCAGAGUUUUUGACUUUUUCAUUGACUUCUACUUUUGGCGGAGUGUCUUUUUCCCUCUCAUAUCAGUGGGGUGCACUCUUUCCGCAUGCACAAGUGUCGCUAUGACUUGCCAGUUUCUAUUUUUUGCUGUUUUUUGGUUCAAUCUUUUGGUCACAAAACACAUCUUGUGAUCACACUGUGGGCUGCAGCGUGAUCUACAAACAAACACAGGAUGAAUCAACUUCCCUUUCUGGGGUACUUGUUUCUACCUUCUAAAUUUAGCAUUUGUGUGAAACAUGGUGCUUUUUGCAGUGUGUAUUUUUAUAUUUAUAUAUACGAGUUUUCAUCAGAUUAAUUUGUGUGCAUGCUCACUGUGGUUGACCCUGUGCUGUAUUGAAACAGAUGGUUCCACGGGAAGAUCUCCGGUCCAGAUGCAGUGUGUAAACUGCAGCCGGCAGAAGACGGUCUGUUCUUGGUUCGAGAGUCCAUCCGCCAUCCUGGGGACUAUGUCCUGUGUGUCAGCAUCUCUGGAAAGGUUAUCCACUACCGGGUGAUUUACCAAGACAACAAGCUGACCAUUGACAACACCCAGUAUUUCUACAACCUCAUAGACAUGAUAGAGGUGAGAGGAUUUGAGUUUGAGUCCAUUUUGCAGGAACAUGUUAGUACAAAUGUAUAAUUCAUCGGUCACAGUUUAGUCAUAGUAAGGACUUCUGCAAAAUCCAGCCCACGAACAAAAGAGCGUUUCAUUUCAGAAACCUCUCCCAGGCAAAAGACAACUCCCUCCUGCCUCAUGACAUGAUUUCCCUUUACUGUCUGGUGGCCACCAUGAUAUGAAUGUGAAUCAUUGUUGCUCACCAUCGAUAAUCAAACAGUCUUCAGCUGAAUUUUCAGUAAGAGAUCUUAACAGUCAUUGUCAAGGAGUGUGGGGGGUUUGCAGUCUAUUUGCACUCCAAAGCAGAAACAAGAAAACUCAUGUAGCACAGCCCUUUGUACUCUAUCUGUUUUUAGCCUCUCUGUAUAUGUGUGUGUGUUUGUGUUCAUGUUUGUAUUGCUGUGUGUGAGUGGUGGACUGAAAGCUUUGCUGCUGUAAGCCUUGGGGACAUAACACAGAGAGAUGGUCAGCUCUUGUUCAGCAGCAUGUUAUCAGCCAGCCUCAGACCUGAGUGAACAGAGUGGACUAACUCCAGCAAGGAAACAGAGGCAGCUCCUGAUAAGUGCUCGUUUAGAAAUGCUCUGUCACACUCGGCUGAACAGCUGGCUUUGUAAAACACAAACUUUGAUGUGUCUUUGUUGUGCAGCUGAUAAUUUAUUGAUUUGGCAGAUUUUUAAAGUUUCACUGUCUUUGCAGAACACCUGUCUCACACUUUGUGCCGUCUUUGGUUCUCUCUUCUUAUGAAUUCAGAUGACUAAGUAUGGGUUUAUCUUGUGCUCAAAAACCACGGUGUGCAAAAAGCUUCCUGUGCACUGUGAAGGUAUCAAGUGUGGGUUCCUAAAAACCCAUCAUCAUUUCAACGGUUUCAGAUAUUAAUAACGCUGACUAUUUACUCAAUAACCAUAACGACAUAAAAACAAAUGACUAUUAUGAGGAAGUAGCAGACAUCAGUAGAGGUAUUACAGAUAUGUUUAGACAUCUACCUGAUUGAUGUGUUAAUGUGGUGUGUUUUUUUUUUGCCUUUGCAGUUCUAUUCAAAGAAUAAAGGCUCCAUUGCUACAACUCUUUUGAAGCCCAAGCAGAAACACGGAGCCAAGUCAGCUGAGGUGGAGCUCUCCAAAAGUGAGUCGAUGUCAAUGUUUAGGAACUGCAUUUUAGUGAUAUAUUUAAAUUAUCUUUCCAUCAGAUGUAACACUUAAUUUGGUAAUCUGAACAUGUAAUGAUGUGAGGUUUAAAAUUCUGAUCUUGUUCUCCAGCUGGAUGGCUGCUCGACAUUUCGAAGCUCACACUGGGAGAGAACAUUGGCGAGGGGGAGUUUGGAGGUAAGCUUGUAUUUUUUUCAGUUUUUCAACAUUUAUUUAGUCAAAAAUGUACUUUUAAAAAUUGUGUCAUGAACAUAUCAUUGUACCCACUCAAGAGAAAAAAAAGCAGCAUAGGUCUGACUCAGGUCCAACAGCCAGGCUCCUCCAGAGACUUUUCCUCAGACCAUUGACUUGAAUUAUUUACAUCAGAACAUGGACUGUCCUCGCCUUUGUUAUAAUAAAAAUGCUUUUAGCUUUUUUAAGGGUCUAGAAAAUAGUAACAAAAAAAGAAAGGUAGAUAGUUAAGCUUGGUGUUCUAGUCAAUAAAAUGAUACAAUCACAUUAUAUUCUUAACCAGUAAGCCAGAUUAAAUUCAUCAAUAUGAUUACAGAUACUACGUUCACCUGAUCCAAUCAGAAAAAAAUAUCAUAAGAGAGAAAAUAAUUGCCACACUAUGACAAAUUUAUUAUCAUUUGUACUCUUGUUUAUCAUUUCUAUCCCAUCAUAGGAUUUGAUGUGUUAAUCUCAUUUAGCGAAGAGGCAUGGCAGCCUUUUCACCUGCUGACAGAAAUGUUCUUAUAUACCAGAUCCUCAUAAUUUAUACACCAACCAUCAGAUGAGCUAUAUAACAGUAAUGCCCCAUCACUGAUAGGACAGUACUCUAAUGUGUGACUCUUAUUCCCCAGCUGUUUAUGAGGGAGAGUAUAUGGGCCAGAGGGUGGCAGUAAAGACCAUUAAGUGUGAUGUCACGGCUCAGGCCUUCCUGCAGGAGACCACAGUCAUGACGUGAGUCCAAGAGUCCCUCUGUUUGAAUUGUAUAAACAUUAAACACUUAAAAAACGCAUUUCAUGGGUUUUAUGAUGGAAAAAAAUAUGCAAGUUGUUUUGUUUUACAGUAUUUUUGUGUAACUUGAUAAGAUUUGUGUUUCAAAUACAUUUUUAUUUCCAGGAAGCUGCAGCAUAAAAACCUUGUGCGACUUUUGGGCGUUAUUCUCCAUAAGGGGCUUCAUAUCGUCACAGAGCUCAUGACAAAGGUACAUCAGUGCUAAACAGUUAUCAUAACAACCAGUAACAAUAUGAAAUAAUUUAGACGCAAUAUAUAUCUGUUUAUCACAAAUUCAAAAGGAUGUGAAAGAUAUUGGGUUAAAGCCUGUGGGGAUGCUACUUUAGAUGUGAAAACUAGUCAUUGGUGUGAGACCUCUGCAACUGAAAGUGCUUGACAAGAAAUGUGCAGAAGUCGAGGUGUAGAUGCUUUAUUUUAUUUUUUAGGGAUAAUUAAGUUUUCAAUCCUAUUUACCUGUAAGCAUCUAGAGUGAUCCGUAUCUGUUUACUCAUUAUAUCUUCUGUGGUGUGUAUGCUUUGAGAAGUAGAUGACCUUAAGACCAACAUGUGUGGGUUUUAUUGUACUAGAUGUUUCCAGAGUUACCUGCUAGUACAACAAGAAGUUAGUGAGCAAUGGUUCAUACUGAUGCUAAUGCAGCUUUAAAGAGUCAGAGUCCUCCUUCCUCUCCUAGUUAAAGACAUUAGGCACAGAGCCAGAAGUUCAUUGUGUUUGCAGGGUAUUGUUGAUGGUUAUUUACAACUAAAGGGGACUUUUAAAGGUUCUGUUCAACUAUUUUAGUGCAAGGUCAACACAUUUGCAGACAUACUGCAACACCAAAAAGUUGCCCUCCAGCUUCUACAGUGAGCUAAGAAUUAUGUUAUAUUACUAUGAGAGAAAUCUUCAAACCUCAUUUAAGUGUAAAUUUGUUUUCGUUUCGCAGGGAAACCUUGUUAACUUUCUGAGGACGAGGGGGCGCUCAGUAGUAGGCUUAGCCCAGCUCCUCCGCUUUGCCCUGUGAGUUCAAACUACAUACACAUUAUGCACACAACAGUCUACAGGGGGAAGUUACACCGUUAUUAUUUGUGUCUUUAGUGAUGUGUGUGAAGGGAUGGAGUACCUGGAAUCAAAGAAAUUGGUGCACAGAGAUUUGGCAGCCCGUAACGUGUUGGUGUCUGAUGACGUCACGGCUAAAGUCAGCGACUUUGGUUUGACCAAGUUGGACCCGAAAGUGGCAGAUAAUGUCAAACUGCCUGUCAAAUGGACCGCUCCUGAGGCCCUGAAAAAAGAGGUCAGUAUAUAUGUUUAUAUUUAUAUAUACAUUUUAUUACAUAUUCUUAAACCAAAAUUUUGUUGUUGUUUUUUAAGGUUUUUACAGAUUUAUUUUCCUUUUUUCUGUACUUUGGUUUUGUCUCCUGUUUUUCUUCACAUCCUGCUCUGACUCUAUAAUUGUAUAUCAUGACACCAUUUAGUGAUUUGAUUUAAGCUUAACACUCAUGUCAUCCUAAUACCCCUGUAAGGAGUUUAGCUUGUUAUGAAAUUAAUUAAAAUAAACCAGUAUUGAUGCCUAUUUAAAGCUACAAAGCUACCUUAACAAGACAAUGAGCACACUCAUCGGUUAUGUUGUUGUUCUUAACGUGUGAAACUGCUGCUGCCAGGUGUCAGACAAAGUGGUUCAAGGUUCAAGGUUACUUUAUUUAUACCUGUAGGUAGAUUAGAUCUACAGCGAUUGAGUCGGCCUCUCUUUAUACAGACAGACAGACAACAGACAACAAACAAAACAACGUAGGAUGAGACAUGAAGAUGUGACCAGAGUGCUCAGUAACAGAGUGAAUACGUCUCCUAAAAAUAGUCGAUGACUUUUGAGACGACAGACAAUUGAAUUUCACUUUGGGGAUCAAUAAAGUUAUUCUUAUUCUUCAAAGGAAAGUACACAAAGCCUCAGGUAAAUGCAAGAUGAAAUAAAAGUUUUCUACAACAACAGAUCAAGCUACGUGUUAGAAAGCAGAAAGAAAGCAGCAUGAGAUCUUUUUAAAACCACAAACACAUAUACAGGACAGACAAGUAAGAGGGACCCGAGUCAACACGAACCAAAAUUUCUGCACUGGAGCUUAAAGUAAAACUUGUGAUCAUUUAGAAGAGAUUUUAAUUGCUUGUAUGUACAUUUGUAUACAAGUAUAUAUAAAAGUACGUUUUAAUUUUGGCAUGCAUUUUCUCCCAUCUUGCAGAAAUUCUCCACAAAGUCUGAUGUUUGGAGCUAUGGUGUUCUUCUGUGGGAGAUCUUCUCUUAUGGCCGUCAACCUUACCCAAAGAUGGUAUGUAGCACAUUAACAAUUAUGUGUGUUUGUGUCAAUAUGAUAGGAUGGUGGAAUCAAAAGACAGUCAGUUACCAACAAAUUAGACUUAAAGUAACAGUUUGGUGUCAAGAUAUAUUCAGAGCGCCUGCACGCUGUUUCUUACCAAGAGAAAGGAGACCAAAUCAGUCUUCUGUCUUUUAGGUAAAUAUGUUCAGUCAGGGGACAGUUUGCUUAUCUUGUUUGAUCUUAGCUUAGCUUAGCUUAGCUUAGCAUGAAGCCUGGAAAUAGGGGUAGAAGUUAGGCUCUUUACAGGAAACAAAAUCUGCCUACUAGAACCUUUCAGUUCCACUAAGUUGUAUGUCUCCUCAUAAAUGUCAGAAAAAAGGAUCUUCUCAAAACAAGUUCUUCAAACAUGUAUUCUGUUUGUGACGUUGUGUUAGGACACUUGAUAAGAAUCUAACAAGUUAAAACACAGGAGAUAUUUUCUUUCCUAAUGCCUCUGAAACAGACAGGGGAGAUUUUCGAGCUCGUUAUGAAACUCUGUUUCCGUGCCAUGCCAUGAUCUGUGUCUCUAGUGGGUGGCACAGCGGAAAGCUGUCAGGCCCGGUGGUCAGAGUCGACACUGGGUCGUCAUCUUUGUAAGGACUUAACGUGUCUGAGCAGGAAACCACCUCAGGUUACUGACAUCAUGAAAGUGCGUCAGUGCGGAGAGAGGUUUAGCAGGCAGGAAAAACGCCUCCACUGUUCAUGUACAGUGUGAUUGGAAGAAUAGAAAUAAACUUAUUGUUCUAAGUAAUUAGCUAAUCCACUUUGAGAGAGGAAGAGACACUGUGCCAUACCUGUCCACGUCAGAUCAGGUGGGUGUCUGUUGUAACAGAGUUUGACGUCACAAGAAGCCGGAUCAUGUUGACACUAUGACAACCGCACUCUGUCUGAAAAGCAGAAACUAGGCUACUUAAACGCAGCUUGAGAUGUUACAGCAGACUCUCUCAGGUAAUCCCUGCUGAGGUGAUUUGUGUUUUGGCCGACGGGUCACUCAGGACAGGAGGAUCAGGCAGCAUUAAUCGAACGGACAAUUAGCCCCGCACUCAGGGCCUGCCUUUUGCACCUUUCAUCAGGUGGCAUCCAUUUAAAUGCAGAUGAUUACCUCCUAAUUACAGCCUAUUUAACACAUACGCAGCCUAAUUUAUGUGGGCCUGGUAAUUAGUUACCUGCUGGCAGACAGUGAACAGAGAGUCCAUGGCUGCAUUCAAAUCAGCACACUUCCAAAUUCUGUAUUUAUAAUUUUCUAAUUAUGAUCCAAUUUUACAACAAACUACAACAAAAUCUCACUUUCCAUAUCAUCGACUUUUGAUCCUGCCUCUCUCAUCUCUCUGGCUCCUGUAGUCUCUGAAUGAGGUGAAGGUUAAGGUGGAGGGGGGCUAUCGCAUGGAGGCUCCAGAAGACUGUCACCCCGAUGUUUACUCCCUGAUGAGGAUUUGCUGGGAGCAGGAACCGCGCAGAAGACCCACUUUCCACAAGCUGAGAGAGAAACUUGAGCGGGAGAUGGGUAAACUCAAUCUAGACCUUGGAUCUGAGUGUCGGGAGGGGAUCAGAUCUGGAUCUGGAUGCUGAUCUCGGUGUUGAUUCUUGGACCCUCAAUUUGUGGGAAUCCUUUUUCACGGAUGGGUUGCACCUUUGGUUUGGCAUGCAGCACACAAGAUGGCCUGGAAGGAAUAUCCUCAAAGACUGAAAGACAGGAGGAUUUGUGAAAUGUGGUCUGUACACAAAAACAUUUUACAAUGACCCCCCUGCCCCAACUCCAGGAGGCCUGUACCUUCCUUCUUCUCCCUCUUGAUGCACUCUUACAAUCUGCCUCUUAGUUGCUGGUGGACUAUUUGACACCCUUGGUGCUUUUACCAGCUGUGGUUACACACAUGCACUGCCAAAAGCUUAAGGACAUCAAAAAAUGGCCUGGAAAUAACUAAACAGGAGUUCACACAAAGGGCAGGGCCCCCCUGGCCCAUACUACCUGUGGAUUCACAGUUCUAUUUAUUGUCACACUCAUUUGCCUUCAAUAACUUUCAUUUGAAUUCGUCGGAUGAAACAAACCUGGAGCUACGUGACUGGACAUCAUGUGACAGCCAUGGGAAGGAGUUUUGAGAGGAUGCUAGUAAAAUGAAAACUGGGAUUUAUUUGAUCUGUGAAACACUGUAAACCCUCGAGACUGAGGGAACAGAUCGCUCCAGAAAACAGUGAAUUGUGCUGUUUUUUCUGCCUUAUGCCUUGGCUGCUUUAAUUCCUGUCUUGAAAACAAAGGUGCUUUUAUUUUGAAAAAACUCCAAGGGUACCUCUGGUUGAUCACAAAAUCACAGGAGUGAACGAAAGCAGUAAAAAGACCCAUGAACCCCUUAACCUGUUUGUUUGGUUGAAUGAAUGUACCACACUGAGGUCAGAUUACUUCUUUUCGUCUGUUGCGAUGGUCGCUGUGUCUGUGCCCUGGUUUGACCAACAGACAUGCAUACUUGACCAAUCAUCACGACCAGAGAGGGUCUGGGCUAGAUGACACCUGAAAAGAAGAAUUGUUGUUGGGACCAGCUUUUAUUUUAGCUCGGUAUAGCCAAUAAACUGCCAAAUGAGUGUUAAAAGUAUGUUUGUCCACCUAUGAGACAGUUAUCUUACUUUUUUAUCAGUUUGCCAUGGCUGUCCCUCAAUGACACAUCUUAAAGGCAGAGUUCACCAAACUUUUCGUCUGUGACAAAGUUCCAUCCCACAGUAUCAACGUCAUCUUUUGUUCAUGCUCUCAUUGGUCAAUGUCACUGACAUGAAGCACGAUGUUGGGGGCAGAAAGAAGAAUCAAUGAACAGUCAACAUGCUGGAUUCUCUGUUGAGAAGUCCUGAGGCAUCCCAGAUGUAGCCUUGAUCGUAGUUCGCGGUACACUACAUGAGCUAAAACAAUGUCAUAACCUCACCAGGUCACUCUUUCAAGAGCAGGUGUGGAGAAGGAGAGGUCACCCACUAGCUGAUAUAAUGUAGAUAGGUAUUGAUGAAAAAGUCCGAAAUUUUAAAUAGCCAAAAAUAUAGUUUGGGGGGGCAGUUCAGGUGUUAUAUAUAUAUAUAUGUCGAAAACACUUGCAGUGCAUCCUCAAGUACAAAAUCAUCUUUACAUCCCUGGCAUUUUGAGCCGACAUACAUGAUUCAAAGACAAUGACCCAAACAGCUUAAUCUGAGUAAAAUAAUGUUUUUGACUUUAAUGAGGUGCCAAACUAUGAACCUACACACAUAAUACACAGGCUUAUUAGUGAAAUCUGUCCACAUACUUAAUGUGUUGUUUGCUACACGCUAUUUCAAGUUUCCAUAACAAUUAAAAACCAACAAUAUUUCUUUUUAGCAAAAGAGUUUAUUUUCUUUGAUACCUUUUUGUGCCAUGGAUCUACUUGUCAUCAAAGUGACAAACCCUUUUAUUUUCAAGGAGCAUGUGAGAGAUGUUACCUUGGAUUUAACCUCAAAUUUAUGAUCUAACAUUGAUGCAGUGGACUUUUAGUAAAGAUACUGAGUGUUAUUGCUGGUUUACAGAAAGAAAAGACUUCAUGUAAAGAACCUGUAGAAGUAUUUUGUUUGCAUUUAGGGGGUUUGACAACACGUUUACGUUAAAUUGUCUGCAUACUGUAGGUUAAAUCUCACACAGCCAGGAAACUCUCUGACUUCAACAAAAGCCAGAGACCGAAGAGGAACUUUGGCAUGUAUUUAUUUGGAUUUAUGUGGGUUUUUUUUUCUUUUUAAGUUAUCCUCAAAAAACUUUUGUUAGUUCGUCUGUCACCCUGCUGGUCAGUGUACUUGAGGGAGGCUUUGAUUGGAUUCAUUCAUAUUUCAUUUGUUGUGUAAGACUAAAUCUAUGGGAAACACUGCUUUUAUUUCUACUUCUCUUUCUGUUUAUUUGGAUUCUGAGAUUAAAGGAGUGUCCUCCGAGGAUCUUUUCGGAUAUUGGUAGGAAGAAAAUGUUUUCUGAUUUCCUGAUCUGUGGGGAAAAGGUUUUUGACUGCAGAUGAUUGUUAAAUGUUUAUAUGAAAAUAGUGUAUUUAAGUUCAUGAAUCACUUAUUUCACUGUAUGUGAAUUCCAGCUGUUUUAUUUUUAAUUAUAAAUACAAUAAAAGUUAAUCUCUGAUAAAAAAUAGUGCAGAUUCAGUUCAAAAUGAACCCUUUUUUGGGCAGCUGUCACGUCAUGACACCAAAUUAAAGAUGUCAUUUGCUGUAAGUCUCUGUAAGCCUGGUAUUUGUCACUGUCCUGGGAGACCAACCUCAAAUUGAGGUUUGAUCCCUUGUUGGUCUCUUGUUAUCACACAGUGCAAGCAAAGGUCCUUUACGAUUUGUUCAAUCUGCUCUGUUUUCCCUUAAUGGGAUGAGCAGCAAUUUUCUCCACAAGGUUUUAUGAGGCAACCACAUGUUAGAUGAAAAAAAAUGGUCUUUUAAACAGGGGAGGAUGCCCCACUGAAAGUAUUUUUUUUUUCCCGGUGAUAAUCUGAAAUUUUGAAAGGUAACUUUGCAUCUGUAUCUCCUUAACCUCUUCAUUGCAAAAUCCAAAUUAACUCAUGUUUGAGUAAGAAACAGAUAACCCACAGAGCAGAAACCUGCAGGAAGCAUGUUUGUAGACUAUUUCUGUCUCACUUCAUAAUCUUGCCACCGUGUAUUUGUGAUUCUAAAUCCUUCCACAGCUAUGGCUUUAUUGAGGUUUUUAUGGUAAAACAGUGCACACAGAGGGGCAUCAAGCAGAAGUGCCUGCAAGGCCAAGUUCAAAACAUCUAACAAACUUUAACUUUUGGUCUACUUUUGGGUCAUGUUAGAAAGUUAUUGCUAUGGCAAAACACCUCUUAUAAUGGGGGCCUGAAAGGAAGUGCUUUCUCGGCUUCAGGGUAAAAAUGAAAAUGAAAAAUAAAACAUCUUUUUUAUCAGUACAGAAUCAGAAAUAAGUGACAUCUCUUGCUUGCUGUCAGCCAUAUCCCUCAUUUCAUUCUCCUCAGUUCAUACAUUUAGCCUCUACUUAUAGCCCCUUAAGAGCUUAUCAGUGGCUUGACACAGACACAAUGACCUGACAGCUGUUGCUUUAAGUAGUUACUCAAAAUAGGAAAGUUGCAGUCAGACGAUCAGCACUGUCCAUUGUUGUCAGAACAGUGAAUGUUUUCUCAUUUUUGCCAACACAGUCAGUCUUUCUUUAACAUGACUUCUAUUGAUUACUUGGUUGUAAAUCAUUUGGAUUCUCUUAGUAUAAAAGGACUUUGUCUUUGUCUGCUGAUGCUCUUCUGUUCAACAUCUUUGGGGGAUUUUUGCCUUCAGGCUGGUCUUGGAUGUUUUUGCCUUCUACUUUUAAACGAUUAAAGAAAGAAUUUAGCUCAAUAUGACAUCAACUUACAUUGUUUGUUUUUUUAUACGUAGGUGUAAAUAUCCUUGGAUUAAAGUUUGGUUUCUAGUCCAAUCAAUUUGCUUAGUUUGCUAGAACAACACAGAAAAGCACCAUGAUGUAAGUAAAUCAAUGUAAACAAAAACAAUCCUACAUGUGUCUGUUUCAGAAAACGGUCUCAUAGCCAUCCAAGAUUGUCCUCUCCACUCAGAGCCAACUCGGCACCUGACGGUCUCUAAACGUGCAGCAGUGUGAGUGGGGAUGUACUAAACUGGUUGCUAACGGGUUAAGUGGUUAAGUUGGUUAAGUUUAAGUAGAUCGUGAUCACAUCAGAAGGUCUAAGGCCAAGGGGAGAGAGGCAGUCUGGCUCCUUGAGCCAACACAGGUAUUAGACAUAAGAUGCUCUUCCUAGAAAACUGUAUCUCAGCAGCAGCUCAUGGGGUAUUUACUAUAAACUCUAAAAAAGCUGUUCAUCACCUCAGACAGCCAGACUUGUGCAUGUGCUGCAGGUUUGUUUCUUGUAAACAAGUAUGGCUUAUGGCGUCAUACUUUUGACACUAGUAUUUUUACUUCUGGGAGUUCAAAAAUUUUACCUCUAUAUUGAGUACUUUUGCGGAACAUUGCAGCUCAAAUAAAAUCUGUGUAACUUAAUGAGAUAGGUGCUACUUUUUCAAUAAUAUGGUUUCAGCACAGAUUAUGAAACUAAUUGUUCAUUGUUCCUUUAAAAAAAUCCUAAUUUCAGUACUGAUCCAGGAUCUGUCAAGUAUUUUAGAAAGUUAACUUUUUUAGGUUAAAAGAAACCCUGUUAUUUGUGGAACAUAAUAUAUUAACUGCUGGCCUUAUUUUUAUGUAUAAACAAGACAAUAACAUUUUGGUAAAAUACCGGGCAAUUUAACAUGAAAGUGAACAUUUUUCUUCCACUACUUACUGUUGAUGUUUCUUUUUUUCCUCAUUAAUUUAAAUCACCUG